AUGGCGAAUAGGUUGGGAAAUGUGAGUGGGUUGUCAAUGUUCAGCGAGGAAAAGCUUAGAGAAAUGAGUGGGGCGAAACUUCUUGAUGAGAUUAUGUUGAAGUCAUGUGUGGGUGUACUAGUCAUAGAUAUGGUGAUAUUGUUAAUGCAUGGGAAAAAGAAUAUGCAGCAUAUGAUUUUGAAUUUACUAAUCAAAUUAAGAACAUCAGGUUUACCAAAUCAUAGAAUUAAAUUGAAAGUUGGUACUCCCAUUAUGCUUAUGAGAAAUUUGGACCAAUCAGAUGGAUUGUGUAAUGGAACAAGAUUGAUUGUCACAAGAUUGGCCAGUCAUGUCAGUGAGGCAAAAAUUAUUUCUGGCAAGAACAUAGGUAACCUUUUUUACAUUCCUCGAAUGUCUAUGUCACCUUCUGAGUCACCGUGGCCAUUUAAGUUGAUUAGGAGACAAUUUCCGAUUAUUGUCUCUUACGCAAUGACAAUUAAUAAGUCUCAAGGUCAGUCUCUUGAUAGUGUUGGUUUGUAUUUGCCUUCUCCCGUGUUUAGUCAUGGACAAUUUUAUGUUGCAAUCUCAAGAGUUACUACAAAAAGUGGUCUUAAAAUCUUAAUACACGACAAAGAGAAUGUUCCGUGCUCCAUUACCACUAAUGUUGUAUACAAGGAGGUUUUCCAAUCACUUUGUUAG